CGCUGGGAUCAAACCGGAAGAAAAUCUAACCUUGAAACGUGCUUUUACAUGUAGCUGACUAGAAACUGGACCUCUUUCGUACAAUCAAAAUAACACUGAGUCUUCCGCUCUUCCAAUGGUACGGAUUCAUAGUUUCUUAAAAAAGGAUUGUAAUUAUUGCUAGCUUGCUAGCUAUGUUCUACUUACUAUAAGAACCCCGUGGGAACUGUUCCUUCUUUAAGUUUAUUUUUGGAAUGGUGGGACAGGAUGAGUACCCAUCUCUCCAUGUUCAGAAACUUUAAGGCAACAAUCGGAUUGCUUUCCAGUGGGUCCUUGCGUCAAAAUCAAAGACUCCUGUUGAGAUACCUGGGGACGAAUAGUUCCAGUAAAGACAAGACCUACUACGUUACCACCCCAAUUUUCUAUGUGAAUGCUGCCCCUCAUAUAGGUCAUUUGUACUCCGCUGUGACAGCUGACUUCCUGCAUAGAUAUAAACUCCUGCAAGGUUUCAACUCAAAGUUCGCCACAGGUACGGAUGAGCAUGGCCUGAAAAUUCAGCAGGCAGCAGAUGCUGCCGGAAAAGACCCCUUGACAUUAUGCACGGAGGUGUCCGAGAGAUUCAAACACCUCUUUAGGAGCUGUGAUAUCUCCUACACAGACUAUAUUAGGACUACAGAGGAGAGGCACAGGCUGGCGGUGGCGCACUUUUGGACUUCUCUUCAAGCCAAGGGUUUCAUCUACAAGGGGAAGUAUGAAGGCUGGUACUCGACACAGGAUGAAAGCUUCCUCACUCCAUCCCAGGUGGGCCAUGCUACAGACGCCUCAGGGAAGGAUAUCAAGAUAUCACUGGAGAGCGGCCAUAAGGUGGAAUGGAUGAAGGAGGACAAUUACCUUUUCCGUUUGUCUGAAUUCCGGUCUCAGCUUCAGGACUGGCUGAGGUUCAAUCCCAAGGCUGUGCAGCCAGACCGCUUCCACCAGGCGGUUCUCCAGUGGCUGCAGGAUGACCUACCAGACCUCUCUGUUUCCCGCCAGAGAAGCCGGCUCCAGUGGGGGAUUCCUGUUCCCAGUGACCCUGACCAGACCAUCUAUGUGUGGUUGGAUGCACUGGUCAACUACCUUACGGUUACUGGCUAUCCUCACACACACGCUGCAUGGUGGAGUGCUGCCCAUCAUGUUGUGGGGAAGGACAUCUUGAAAUUCCAUGCCAUCUAUUGGCCGGCUUUCCUACUGGCUGCUGGGUUGCCCCUCCCACAGAGUAUACAUGUACAUUCUCAUUGGACGGUCAGGGGGAAGAAAAUGUCUAAAAGCUUGGGGAACGUGGUGGAUCCCCAGGAGAGGUCACAAAGGUUCACGGUUGAUGGCAUCAGGUACUUUCUCCUACGUCAGGGCGUCCCAGACUCUGACUGCGACUAUGACGACGACAAAGUGGUCAAACUGCUGAAUUCGGAGCUGGCGGACUCUUUGGGUGGUCUUCUGAACCGCUGCACAGCCCUGUCUCUCAACCCAGCCCAGACGUACACCCAGUUCUGGGCUGACUGUUUUCCUUGUGCAUCAUCAGGGGAAUCCAGGGGGAGAGCUGUAGCCGAGGACUACCACAUGCUGGAGUCUGUAGCCAGACUACAAGCUGUGGUAGAGCAGCACUAUGACAACAUGCUGGUGUACAAGGCGCUUGAGGCCAUCAACAACUGUGUAAGGCAAACAAACAGUUUCAUCCAAAGACAUGCGCCAUGGAAGUUGGACAGAGGGGAGAGUAGUGAUCAGCGUUGGCUUGACACCAUCCUUCAUGUGUCCCUGGAGUGCCUCAGGGUUUAUGGAACCCUGCUGCAGCCAGUAGUGCCACAGACAGCAGAUAAGUUGCUAUCCAGGCUAGGAGUGAGGCCCGGGGAGAGGAGCUGGGCGGAUAUCAACUUCCUGGAGAAGUAUGGGGAAAGGGAGUGCUGCUUUGAGGGGAGAGCGCUGGGGACUGACACUGGACUACUUUUUAGUCGUUUGGAGAGACCAAACGUAGAUAAGGAGAAGCCGAAGAAAAGUAAGAAAGACAGAAAACAAGCAUCGUAAACUGUAACCCAAGUC